CCAUAAAUGGACAACUGAAUCUAUUUGGAAAUACGAGUUGGGUGUAUCUAGGUAACAGCUCUCAAAAAAUAAUAGAGCUACGUGUCUAUCAUCAGUGAAGUAAAGGUCAUUGGUGAAGUGUAGUGAAGAUAAGUCAGCUUCAGUGCCGAACAGCCACAAACCUCAAGCUUAAUUUUCAUCGAUACAUAUUUUGAAGAUAUUGUUGGGCACAUCUGAUAAUCUGAUAUGGAUGCCAUGGACAUUGAACCUCCUUCAGACCCCAUUUUUAAAAUGCAUGAUUCUUCUGAAAAUUUGGAAACGUUAUAUUCUUUGUUUGAAGGUGUUGACGAUGACAUGGAUUCCUCUGUAAAUGAUGUUUUUCGAGUGUUGGAUUCUUUUCCCGAUAGUGAUCAUGAUGAUUCGGAUUCUUCCGAAGAAAAUGACUUGAUUUAUAUAUCUGAUGUAGAUGCUGCCUUCAUGCUAGCCAUCAGGAGACUACGUUCCAAUUCAUCUUUUAACAAUAAUGAUGCGUUGGAUUCUUCUUUUGACGAUGAUGAUUUGCCUCCUACUCCCAUGACAGCCCACGAUGAAAUGAAUAAUUCUUCUGACAAUGAUGAUGAAUUGGCUUCUUCUUUUAACAACUCUGUUAAAUUGGAUUCUGCUAGUACCCCUCCAUUUGGUACUACUGGAGCAGAACAAUAUUUGGAAGGCAUGAUGAAAGUAUAUCACUAUGCGAAGUCUAUGCCGAAGAAACUGCGAUUGGAAAAGAAAUUCACUUCGAUGUAUGAACAAGAAUUGCAGCGUUUUAUAAAGUUAACAGGGAACGGAAGAAUCAGAAUGAAGGCUCACGAAUUGGAAAGAAGAGUCGCGAGAGAUAGCCGAGAAUUGGUAAGAGGCUUGAGAAGAGAGAGCCAGAAGUUAGCAAGAAGGGACAAGCGAGAAAACAGUGGCGAAAUGAGUCGAGACUUGAAAAGAGGCAGAAGCGAGAGUCUACUCAAUUUAGAAAGUCCAGAAUUAGUGAAAAGAAGCAGAAGAGAAAGUCCGGGUUUAGGAAGCGAAGGAAGAAGUAUGGAAUUAGAUAGCAGUGCGCUGGGAUCAAUAAGAGAUGGCUCACUUGCAGGAGGAAGGAUGGCAGAAAGUAAGAGACUGGAGAGAGGAGAUUUCACUAACACUUUAAGACUGAUGAGGAGUCGAAAUGACGAAGAUCAGAGAAAUGCUAUAUGAACUGACAGAAAGAAACAAGAGGGGGACUAACAUCUAAAAUCUAUAUACUUUAGACAAAAAAUUUAAGGAUAAUUUGAGUGAAACUUUUGCGAUCACAAAUUUUAAUUUUUAAUUUGGUGAUGUCAAUUAUGAAAUUUAUUUUUCUUACUGUAUGUUAAAUCUUUAAUAAAUUAUUUCGAAA